AUGAAGAUAUUAUUCCUGGCAUUUUUGACAGCUUUUUUAGGAGGAGGAUGGGACGGUGGUGGGUUAUUGAAGGUAGGGUCUCUAAAGGCACCUGGAGGCAGAUACCAAGAAAAAGAAAGAAUUCCAUCUCGUUUGCCUUCUAGAGAAGAACAUCCAACAUUUGAAAGAUAUUUGUAUUCAUAUCCAAAGGAUUAUGGUAUUUACUUUUUUAAUAAAAUUAAUGAUUCCGGUUACUGGAACCGUAUUCAGGGAGAAAAGAAGCAAAUUCCCAUGGAGAGUUGGCAGUGGGACAAUAUAUCUAAUAAUUGGGUGUGGGGUCCUCUGAGAAACCAGGAUGGCACACCAUUGUUUCCUUUAAGUCCAGAACUGGAAGCUCCAAGAGCUUAUGUUGGUCCUACUAGAAUUUACGGCCCAAUUCAGGUUGAUGAUUUGCCGAUUCCAAGAGUUUUAGAUAUUUUAUGUAAACCAUAUGAAAGUUUGAUAGGGAUUAGAGCCUGGUUUCCCAACCCUGAGAGUAGAGGAAAGAAGGAUCUUCGUGGAAUACAGUUUUUGUGUUCCUCACCCCUAGAUAUAAGAGGAAGAGGAAGAUCUAGCUCUUCAACAUGGAGUAAGAUUAUGGGAAAUGUUGGCCCAAAUUUGAAAAAGUAUACAGUUUUAACACGUCCAGAAGAUCCUUUCGUUAAGAUUAGAGUUUUUGUAGAAACUCUAAACCCAGUAAAACACCCAUCACAAAAGGAGUUAGUUAUUCCUACAUAUCAAGGACCAAGAUUGGUUUAUAUUGACAAUCAAGAAGAUGAAUUAGAGAAGGGUCCAAUAUACCUCAUCAGAAGGAUGACUCUCAGGACUAAAAACAACCACUUGAGUUACUUGGGUAAGACAGGAGGGAAUCUUCCAUCUGUGGUAGAGGAAGCUCCAGAUGGACACGAGCUUUCUGGAUUCAGAGUCCUAAUUUCAGGAUAUCCAAGAGGUAAAUGGAGAGGAACCGACUUUGCUACUUUGGGAUACAGAAACUCAAUGUCUCUGGGAUUUCUAUUUUCUAAGACAGAAGAUAUCCUGUCUCGUCCUCAGAUAAUAUAUGGUAGGAGAGGAUAUGAUUUCCAGGAUAUUAAGUGUGAUGGUAAGAUCACCGGAUUAAAAGCUUUUUUCAUGGGAAACAGAGGAUUGGUUGGGAUUAAGGUUGAAUGUGACAGAGUAUGGCAGGAAGUAGUCUUAGGAAUUACUGAAGGAACUGACUACAAGGCUUUGGUUGGGAGUAUGAUCAGUGCUGUGACUUUGCAUCUGUCACCUGAGAAGUUUAUCCAGAGUUUGGUAAUCUUCUCUACUACAGGACGCCAGCAAAAGUUGGGGGAUGACUGGGUUACUCCAACAAUAAAGUCUUCUAGGUCUGAAGGAGGAGGUAGAAGAAAGAUUUUGCAGGGAAUCUUUGCCGAGCUAGACAAAACUGGAGCUAUUUCUGGUAUUGGUUUUCACUGGAAGAAGCCUCCAAGAGCAGGCGAGGCUGGGGAUAGGGAGGAUUAUGGUAAUUUGGAGGUUUCUGAGUCUCCCUCCUUGGAGGGACGAGAUUCUCCCUCACUUGGAGAUUCCUCUUCUAAGAAAGAGCUUGUUCCAAGAAGCUCUUUCUAUGGUAGAGUGGCUAAGGAUUGCCCUAUUCAAGAGACCAGAUGUCCUACAGGAGUUCCUUUGACUGGGCUCCGUCUGAUUAUGAGAAAGGGAGAAGCUCGUCCAAAGCCUUUCAAAAUGUACUUAGUUUCCUUGGCAAUUCAGUGUGGGGAUGAGUUCUUUAAGCCGAUUGGGAAUCCAAACCUGAUAGAAAGGGAAAAGAAAAGAACCUAUGAUAUUCUUGUUCAUGAGGAGGACCCAGUUGUUGAUUUUAGGGUUUACCUUGGGGAUCUUGGCCUUCCUCAUCUUUUUGACAUUCGCUUUAAACAUGAUGUAGUGAGUAGCUAUGAGUUGUAUGGCUUCAGAGCUGCUAUGAUGAUCAAAAGUGACCGAAUUGGAGCAAUAGCUCCUCUUUAUAGGGUUGCAACCCCUAUUGAUCAAUAUCCAAUAACUGCAAAAGACAUAAGCAUUCGUUUAUUUGGAGCUGUUAGACCUGAAUCUGAUCCGGAUGUGGUAGUCUUAGAGACAUCCUGUCCAACAGGAAUUCCUAUCACAGCUGUUAGGAUGUGGUUUGUAAGAAAGAAUGAAGGAGAUGCUGUUUUCUCAAGAUUGAUUGGUCUCAGGAUUCGUUGUGGACCAAAAUGGAGACGAACUAAACUUGGAAGUAGUAUGGGAGACAGAUUUGAAGCAGAAGUAGAGUCUGGAGACUUCUUUUCAAGAUCUUUUGUUGAGAACCAAUCUGAAAAGCCUUUCUAUGUAAGUGGGGUAAUGCUAGUUACUAUAGGGAACAGAAAGUCAUCUUUUGGUGAGACAGGUUCAGAAAUCAUGAAGAAAUUGGCGUCUGGAGAUGUUGAGACAGAAAUUUAUGGGUUUAUUGGACAGGAGACACCUGAAGGACUGGUUUCUAUUGGGUUCCUGGAAAGAAGAGCAAAUGAAAAUGAGUACCCAGUCUUUGAUGAUCCAGAAAUUGCUCCUUAUCACGUUUCAGCUUCAGAUAUACAAGGUGAAUCAGGAGAUUCUACGGAUGAGGAGGAAAGAUUAUCAAAUAGAGGAGUUGUGAACUUUAGGCCAGGAGAAGAAUGGUUUGGACGUAGAAACUUAGCAGGAUCUCAUGUUGAAGAGACAUUCUGUGCCCCAGGAAGCAGAUUAACAGGUCUUUUGGUAUAUAGUUCAACAAAGAUUCCCCAUCCUAUUAUUGGUUUGACACUGAUUUGUGAUGGUCAGCCUCUAAACCCAGUUGGAAGUACAUUAGGAGAUGUUGCCAGAUAUGAGAUCCCACUGAAUGAACCAAUAGAAAAAGUAGAAGUGGUGUUAAAUAGUGAGGACAGAUCUCUCAGUAGGUUAAAAUUAUUUAAUAGGAACCACAUGAAAAAAAAGAUGGGAAAGUUACAUGACAGAUAUUUGAGUGGAUUUGAUUUGGAGAUUAGGAAAGGGAUAAUAACAGCUUUGUCAGCCAUAUAUACCAACUUUGGUGAUUCUGGCCCACCUCCAAAGGUAAGGACUUUACCAGGAUCGAAACAAGCAGGAGCAGGAACAGCUCCUCUUACAGACAGGAACACCCCAUGGGGUCAUGCAAAUGCAGAUGGGGAUGUAAGUACUGGAGAUGAGUAUUCCUGUGAAGAAGGGACUAGACUUACCCAAAUCACGAUGGCAUACAAAAAAGACCCAGUGGAACAGAAACAAGAGUUAAUAGGUUUAAGAAUUGCUUGUGAUGACCAAGAAUAUGAGGAGGUAGGAAAAUGGCAUGUUUCUAAUGAUAAUUCCAUUCUCAUAGAAGAGGUGUUCGGAUUGAGGGAUAAGGAGUUUGUAAUUGCAGUAGGAGGAACCAGAAUUGAUAAAACCCACAGUAUUGGAAAACUUUACUUUGAAACCAAUCUUUUGAGACAGUUUGGUGAGUGGCAACAUUAUUAUGUGGAAGCAAAGACUAGAGGAGAUGGAUUAUAUGGGUUUGAACUACUUUUUGAAAAGACUGGGGAUUAUACUACUUCUAUAGCAAUGCUCUUACCUUUGUUUAGGCCAACCUCAAUUAGCACCAAGAGCAAAGAUUCAGAAGAUAAGAAAUACAGUUCUCCAUUUGAACUACCAGGAGGAAAAGCAGAAACCUCAGAGGAGAUGAAUGACCGAGAAGUAAGGGGAAUGAUGAGUUCUCCAACAAUUACUACUGAUUGGAUUGGACUGGACGUUGGGAACUUGGAAAUGGAUGGUAUUUGGUGUAAAACUUCAAGACUAAAAUUAGACGGAAGAAUGACUUGGGAUGAUUGGAAGAACUCAAGAAUGACAGGAUUGAGAAUAUAUAAUGAUGGGGAACACAUUAAAGGUAUAGCUCUACAGUGUGGGAAUUCUUGGCUAGAAGAAGCAAAUCUAGGUCUAGUUGGACCAAAUUUCCACUUUGAUGAGAUAAGUGAUUGCUUAGAGAGUGAUGCUGAUUAUAUAGAGAAUGUGGAAGUUGCCAUAGAUGCCAGAGGUAUUCCUGCAGGUUUCAAGCUUUUGAGUCACGUUAAGAGGCAGAAAAAAGUUUUAAUUAAUAAUAACUCAAUGAUAACUUGGCAAUCGAAUGCUCCUGAUUCUGGGAAUUAUUAUGCUUCAGGGAUACAUGUGGAAUACGACCCUGACACCGAUAUUAUAUUCAGAAUUAGAAUAGUUUAUCGUCCCAUUGUGAACACAGAAGAAUCUGAGGAAAAUAUAGGGUUUAUAUUUUAG